AUGGAAUCACCCUCCACAGUCGCCGCCGCCGUAUCACCUAUAUCUCCAUCCAGUCGUCGCCGAAAGCGAAAGAUUGUCGUCAUCAUGGGGCCAACCGGCGCAGGUAAAUCCCGUCUUUCAAUCGAUCUCGCAACUCGAUUUUUUGAUAACUCUGAGAUCAUCAACUCCGAUAAAAUGCAAGUGUACAGCGGACUUGAUAUCACCACAAACAAAAUCACAAUGCAAGAGCGACGCGGUGUCCCCCACCACCUUCUGGGAGCGAUUGACCCAAGGAAAUCGGUUUUCACUCCGUCGGAUUUCCGGAAUGUGGCGGCAGAAUACAUCAACCAGAUUAGAACUCGACGGGGGUUGCCUCUUGUCGUCGGAGGAUCAAAUUCGUUAAUAUACUCACUGGUUACAAAACGUUACGACCCAAAAUCGGACGUCUUCAACGGACCAGAGCCGCAGCCGUAUUUAUCAAAAAGGGUCGAUGAGAUGCUUGAUUCCGGUAUGUUCGAGGAGCUUUCAGAGUUUUUCAGGUCCGAUGAGCACAAGAGGGUUAACAGGUGUGGUUUAGGUCAGGCGAUUGGAAUACCGGAGUUCGAGACGUAUUUCACGAAUUUUCCAGGGCUCCGGCGAACGGAGGGCUCGGUAUUCGAGGAGGAUGUGAUGGGGCAGGAGGCGUACGAUGAAGCCGUGAGAAGGAUCAAGGACAACACGUGCCAACUGGCGAAGAAGCAAGUGAGUAAGAUCCUACGGCUGAGGGACGCCGGCUGGGAAUUAAAGAGAAUAGAUGCCACUGAGGCAUUUAGGGCUGUUAUGACGGCGGAGAGAGGCGGAGCAAGGGUGGCGGAAAUAUGGGAAAAACAGGUGGUGGAACCAAGCAUGAAGAUCGUGAAGCACUUCUUGGAGGAGUGAUACAAGUGUUGAUACAUAGUCUGACGCUGACUAGUAUGAAUCAAAGUAUGAUGACAUCAACAACAAAUCUGCCGAAGUGAUUCAAAAGCUUGAAAUUGGAUGGAAUUCGCACACGAUGUAAAGUUGAACGAAAUUCACACACCACAUGACGUGUGGUGUUUUUCGGCCUUUCAGGAUCAUUUAGGGCAAAAAUGUGUUUUUCUAUUUAUUUUCGAUAUCUUUACUUUUUGAGAUUUGAUUUUGAUAAUUGAUUGAGGAUCUUAUCCUAAUCAAUUAAGAUCUCCAAGGGUUAAGGAAGAACGCUUAUAUUUUCCUCCUUAUAUGUAUUUCAUUUUUAUUGUUUAUGG